GAAAGUGCUCCUGCUCUGGGAGGAGGCUCAGCACAGAGGAGGAAGGACGGCAGAGCUGAGAGUCACAGCAGCCCUGACUAGAGCGUUCCUGGAGCCCAAGCUCCCCUACACAGAGGACAAGCAGGCAGCAGGGACCAUGGGCCCCGCCUCAGCCCGUCCCCGUAGAACGUGCAUCCCCUGGCAGGGGCUCUUGCUCACAGCCUCACUUCUAACCUGGAACCUGCGCACUGCUGCCCAGCCCAGUAUUGAAGCCGUGCCACCCAUUGUUGGGGAGGGGAAGGAGGUUCUUCUGCUUGUCAAUAACAUGUCCCAAGAUGUUUUUGGCUACAACUGGUACAAAGGGGAAAGGGUGGACAGCAACUAUCGGAUUAUAGGAUAUGCAAUAGAGACUCAAGUAUCUACCUCAGGGCCGGCACACAGCGGCCGGGAGAUAUUGUUCCCCAGUGCAUCCCUGCUGAUCCAGAGCGUCACCCCCAGCGACACAGGAAGCUACACCCUACACGUCAUACACAGAAACCUUACGAGCGAAGAAGUAUUCGGCCGAUUCGACGUGCAGGCGGCGCUGCCCAAGCCCUACAUCACCAGCAACAACUUCAACCCCGUGGAGAACGAGGAUGUUGUGGCUUUAACCUGUGAACCUGAGACUCAGAACACAACCUACCUGUGGUGGGUGAACAAUCAGAGCCGCCCCGUCAGUUCCAGGCUGGUGCUCUCCAGUGACAACAGGACCCUCAUUCUAAUCAGUGUCACAAGGAAUGACACAGGACCCUAUGAAUGUGAAAUACAGAACACACUGAGUGCCAGCCGCAGCGACCCAGUCACCCUCAAUGUCCGCUUAUCAGGCGGUCCUGUUGUCUCAGCUGGGACCACUGUCAGCAUCAUGACUGGAGUGCUGGCUGGGGUGGCUCUGAUAGCAGCCCUGGUGUAGUUUCUGCAUUUCAGGAAGACUGGCAGUUUGUAUUGUCCACCUGUAGACUGGACUGGACCCUGAAUUCUUCUUGUUCCUUCAAUCCUAUUUUCUCCUGUGGAAUCACUAAGUACAAGACCUGCUCUCUUCCUGAAGCCCUAUAAGCUGUAGGUGGACAACUCAACGUAAAUUUCAAGGGAAAACCCUCGUGCCUGAGAUGUGGCUCACUCAGAGCUCACCAAAACGUUCAACACUGUAACAAGAGAGACAAACUACCAACCGGGAUGAGAAGUUGAAGACUUCAUGCUGUGGACAGCUUUUCCCAGGAUGUCAGAACCGGAUGCCCCACCAUGAUGAGGUUCUUACUCCGCUCCAUUUUUUCCUGCUCAUGCCUGCGUCUUUAAUUUGGCAGGAUGAUGCUAUAACUGGGAUUUCACAGUCAGUGGCUUGUGCCUGUAAUUUGACAGAGUGUUGGAUCCAUCAUGUCAUCAUGUCAAACCCAAAUCUUUACUUGACCUAAGGGAUCCUUUAUUCCAUCCAAUGGCUGGCUUUCAACAACAUCCCUAAUACAACUGUUUUCUCAAAUGUACGGUGGUCCCUUUUAGCGUUGGACCUUAGACUCACCUGUUCUCAUCCCCGGUUUUAAUUUGACCCAGCCGUGGGAUAGAUAAUAGAUUUGCUCCCUGCUAGCUGAACAGGGAGGCGUUUGUGCAGUUGCGGACACUUUUUGUUGCACAUAGAUAAAUACAGCGGAUUUUAUAGAGGCUCAGUUGCAAAAAUUAACAGACAUGCUCCUUGGGUUCAAAUGGGUAGGCUCCUCAUGUGGCUCAUUCUUUUUGGUUUUGUUCAUGGGGACCCUGCCUAUGGAUCAUACCCCAAACCCUUGGUGUUAUCCCUCUCGAUUGUGUGCUGUAUUCUCUAAACACUUUAAAUGUUUGCAUGCAGCCAUCCAUCAAAUGUCAGAUAUUUUCUUUGGCUGAAAUGAUGAAAACUGGAAGAAAUGUGUGACAUGGGUUAUGUGUCAUAACCUAUGAAUGAGGGAAGUCCAAAAUGAUGGCAAUGACAGCAGUGUUAAUGCUUUAUAUUUUGUCAAACUCUCAUCUAGGUGAGAGCCUAGUGACUCCAGAAUGGGGCUCCAUUUGUAGGUGUUUAGUUCCAUGCUAAAUGCCACAUACACUGAAACAUUGAGGGAGCAGGCAGAUCCCAGAACAGACAAAGUUUUCCUAAAGACGGGAGAGUCCAGACCGUCCGAAUCAGCAUAGUAGGAAAGUCCUUUCUGCCUUAACUCUUAGAAAAAAGUAAUACGAAGUAUUUUGAAAUCGACCGAUCAAUUUCUUUCUAUUCUUCUGUUCCUGGAUUCCCAUUAGCCCACUAUUCUCCUAUUGUAUUGCCCAGUGAGAGCUAUCACUGUAUUUUGUAGAAUGGAAGCUGCCGUGGUUUGUGAAUCACAAAUAAAAGCCAAUUAGAUCUAUAA